GCAGAAGCUGAGAAGCGCGAAAAUGAAAAGAAGGAGAAGGAAGAAAGAUUCGAUUUGGAUGCCGUUGAUAAUCCCAUGGAGCGUGAAGUGAUGGCCGAAUUUGAGCGAAGGCGCCGUGCCCGAACAUUGACGCUACCAACCGAUGAUGGGCAUGUAAAAUUGUUGUUGCGGAAACUCGAUGAACCUAUCUGUGAGCUACAAAAUAACUCCUUUUUUUAA